AUGUCUGGAAGAGGGAAGGGAGGUAAAGGCCUGGGAAAGGGCGGAGCGAAGCGGCAUCGCAAAGUGCUCCGUGAUAACAUCCAGGGCAUCACGAAACCAGCCAUCCGGCGCCUGGCUCGCCGUGGCGGGGUCAAGCGCAUCUCGGGCUUGAUCUACGAGGAGACCCGCGGGGUGCUGAAGGUUUUCCUGGAGAAUGUGAUCAGGGAUGCGGUGACCUACACUGAGCACGCCAAGCGCAAGACGGUGACUGCCAUGGAUGUGGUGUACGCUCUGAAACGCCAGGGCCGCACUCUCGCCGCAGCAGACUCAGCAUUGAGAGUAGCAGCUUGUGUGUGUGUGUUGUCGAGAAUGGCCAGAACCAAGCAAACAGCGCGCAAAUCCACCGGAGGGAAAGCUCCCCGCAAGCAGCUGGCGACCAAAGCGGCCCGCAAGAGCGCUCCGGCCACGGGCGGAGUGAAGAAGCCUCAUCGCUACAGGCCCGGCACGGUGGCUCUGCGGGAGAUCCGCCGCUACCAGAAAUCCACCGAGCUGCUGAUCCGCAAACUGCCGUUCCAGCGCCUGGUACGGGAGAUCGCUCAGGACUUCAAGACCGACCUGCGCUUCCAGAGCUCGGCCGUGAUGGCCCUGCAAGAGGCCAGCGAAGCUUACCUGGUGGGUCUGUUUGAGGACACCAACCUGUGCCUAGUGGUUGUGAUGUCUGGAAGAGGGAAGGGAGGCAAAGGCUUGGGAAAAGGCGGAGCGAAGCGGCACCGCAAAGUGCUCCGUGAUAACAUCCAGGGCAUCACGAAACCAGCCAUCCGGCGCCUGGCUCGCCGUGGCGGGGUCAAGCGCAUCUCGGGCUUGAUCUACGAGGAGACUCGCGGGGUGCUGAAGGUUUUCCUGGAGAAUGUGAUCAGGGAUGCGGUGACCUACACUGAGCACGCCAAGCGCAAGACGGUGACUGCCAUGGAUGUGGUGUACGCUCUGAAACGCCAGGGCCGCACUCUGUAUGGAUUCGGCGGCUGAGCAAAUCGUCCCUUUUCCAGCGAACCCAAAGGCUCUUUUCAGAGCCACCCAAACUCUCCGAUUGAGGGCGGAUACCUGAGGAUGGGGAAGGCAGUACAUAUGGAGGGGACAGUGUACUGCAGCUGGUUAUUUCACAUUUUUCGCGACUUUUAAUUUGGCUCAUUCCAUUACACAAAUGCAGUAAUUUCGUGUCCAGUGUCAAAAGAGAGAGAUCAAGCAGUGAGAACGGAGACCUGAGCACAGGAAAGGCAACACAUAGAGAGUGUGUACUGUGCCGCAGCUGGUUACUUCAUAUCUAGAUUUGUAAUUCCGCCCUGAUGUUAAAUGUUACAUAGUGCAGUUUUUUUUUCUGUUUCAUUCCUUCCAGGAAUGAUAUUCAGUUCAGUUUUCUUUCAGGGAAGCCUCCAAAGGUUUUAAUAACCUGUUGUUACACUCUGCCUGUUGCAG